GAAACCAGCCAGACUGUGACUGAGCACGUGGAGGCCGAAUGGGUGACAAACACCUCUCAACCAUUGGAGGAAACAGAGGGGUCAAUUGGGCCGUGCACGCCUGGCGCAUGAGCUCCUGUGAUUGGCUGCUGGUACGUGGAAGGAGCGUACCAACACUUGUGCUCAAUUACCAAUCAAAGCGUUGUUACGCACGACCCGGCGCAGCGUGUCUGGAUCUUGAAGUCGUUAUUACAAAGUCAAAAAGUUGACCCUGUCCCCGAGAGACAGUUUGCCUUACAACCGACAAGGAGCUAGUAUGAAUGGUGUGGUUUGGGGCCUCUUUCACCACCUGCCGCGCUUCAUGGAGUCGAACAGCGGAAGUUUCCAGCCCUGGAGAGACUACAUGGGACUGUCGGAGACCAUCAGAGACAUUCUGGCUCGGAACAGCGCGGCUCAGUCGCCACUCUCAGCCCCCAAAGCCUCGCACCUGGAGCCCGGUGAUCGCCGCAGGGCUCUGGUGUCCAUGCGCCUUAACGCGAUGCGCCACAACAACCUCGGAGCAUAUUGUGCGCCGGGUCUCCGCGUUCAGUCCCCGCGUCCUGACUCCUCCGCUCAUCAGCCUUUAACUGAUGUGUUGCGUGCACCAACCCCUGCUCGUGGUGACGCACCAGAUGUGGUGGAUCUGAAACAAGUGCCAAAACCUCACCGGGGGCCAAAAGACCACAAGAGGACGACUCGCCCUAAGACACCCGAGCCCCCAGCGGCGCCUCCUCCUCCUCUUGAGCGCAUGUUCUGCAGCUUCUGCAAACACAACGGAGAGUCCGACCUGGUGUAUGGAUCCCACUGGCUGAAGAACUACGCCGGGGAAGUCAUGUGUCCUUACCUGCGACAGUACGUGUGUCCCCUCUGCGGAGCCACGGGGACCAAAGCUCACACCAAGCGCUUCUGUCCCCGGGUGGACAGCGCGUACAGCUCCGUGUACACGAAGACCAGACGCUGAAGCCAACAGGUGUCAGGUAUAUCGACAACAAGCCACUGCACAGAGGCCGCAGUUCUUUUUAUGUGUGAUUUUUAUUUUAAUAGCACUAGUGUUGUUUUUUGCUUUUGUGUGGUUUUUGGUUUGGUUUUAAUUUGCAUGCUUUGGCACGUUUACACUGAGGCCUUCUGUGAAGCUGGCUGAUCUUUCUGUGGGCCCUCUACUUCAAAAAGCGUCUGUUGGUGGAUUUCGUGAGGUACUCUCUUUCGACAACGACUGCCAGAUAUGUUUGGGAGGAGAAAAGGAAAAAAUGUUUCUCAGGAAAUUGUAUGUUUGUUUUAUUUAUAUUUUAAACGUGGCCAUCUGAUGUCCAGCCUCACUUUUCCUGUCCAUGCAUUGAAGGAUUUCAACACAAAUACCAAAGCUUUAUCAGACCUACAUUCAUCAUUGGUAAUAAUUUUACUACAGCAUUUAAACAUCAUGUGACCAUGUCAGUAUUUUAAAUUUUUAAAAUAUCAGUGACUUGUUCUAGUUCUAAGGUGUGUGAGUGAAUUCCUGUUCCUGAGACAUCCUGUUUUAUUUUGAAUAUUCUAUGUGUGGCUUUUCUAAAGGUAAAAAAAAAAAAGCCGCUGUAACUCAUCUGGCUUUGUGGGGGGGGGGAAUCUUUGUGUGAAUAUUCUUGUAGUUACACAUGUCUAAAGUGAGUAAAUCUGUGUUUGUAUGCUUU